CCCGCCUCCCGCCCGCUCCCCCCGCGCCUCCUGCCGCCACUUCGGCGGCUCCUCCGAGCAGCACCGCGGCUGCGGCUGCCGGGGCCGCCGCCGCGCCCGAGCCACCAAUGCGGGGGAUAUUGGCAGGGAGGCAGCGGCAACCGCGGCAGCGGGGAGGGCAGGUGAACUCCCGGUGAAGGAUGACCGGCGUCGCCGCGAUCGUCUUUCUCCUGCAGCUCUUGCCCAAGGCGGAGGGACAGGUCUUCGCAGGUGGUUGCUCAUUUGAUGAGCACUACAGUAAUUGUGGUUAUAGUGUUGCCUUGGGAACCAAUGGAUUUACCUGGGAGCAGAUCAAUACCUGGGAAAAGCCAACAAUGGAUCCUGCUGUCCCAACUGGCUCCUUCAUGAUGGUGAACAGCUCUGGGCGGGCAUCUGGGCAGAAAGCUCACUUGCUGUUGCCUACACUGAAGGAAAAUGACACGCAUUGCAUCGACUUCCACUAUUACUUAUCCAGCAGAGACCGUUCGAGUCCUGGCUCUCUGAAUGUCUACGUGAAGGUGAAUGGAGGACCACAGGGCAAUCCUAUAUGGAAUGUCUCGGGGGUUGUUACAGAAGGUUGGGUGAAAGCAGAACUUGCCAUCAGUACAUUCUGGCCACAUUUUUAUCAGGUGAUAUUUGAAUCUGUCUCUUUGAAAGGACAUCCAGGGUACAUAGCUGUGGAUGAAGUCAGAGUUCUCGCCCAUCCAUGCAGAAAAGCACCUCAUUUCCUACGACUUCAGAACGUGGAGGUUAAUGUGGGACAGAAUGCGACAUUCCAGUGCAUUGCUGGGGGGAAGUGGUCGCAGCAUGACAAACUCUGGCUCCAGCAGUGGAAUGGAAGGGACACAGCAUUAAUGGUCACUCGAGUGGUCAACCAUAGACGUUUUUCUGCUACUGUCAGUGUAGCUGAUACCUCUCAACGCAGUAUCAGCAAGUACCGAUGUGUCAUUCGUUCAGAUGGUGGAUCUGGAGUUUCGAAUUAUGCAGAAUUAAUAGUGAAAGAGCCCCCAACUCCUAUCGCCCCUCCUGAGCUGCUGGCUGUUGGAGCCACGUACCUGUGGAUCAAACCCAACGCCAACUCCAUCAUUGGAGAUGGGCCCAUCAUAUUGAAAGAGGUGGAGUAUCGGACAACCACUGGGAAUUGGGCAGAAACACACAUUGUAGACUCUCCUAAUUACAAACUGUGGCAUUUGGAUCCUGAUGUGGAGUAUGAGAUCAGAGUGCUGCUCACUCGCCCUGGAGAAGGAGGUACAGGGCCCCCUGGACCACCACUUACAACAAGAACAAAAUGUGCAGAUCCCGUCCAUGGACCACAAAAUGUAGAAGUUGUUGAUAUUCGCUCCCGGCAGCUGACGUUGCAGUGGGAGCCCUUUGGUUAUGCGGUGACCCGCUGUCACAGUUACAAUCUCACAGUCCAGUACCAGUAUGUGUUUAACCAGCAAAAAUUUGAGGCAGAGGAACUCAUCCAAACUUCUUCCCACUACACCUUGCGAGGCCUUCGGCCCUUCAUGACCAUCAGGCUGAGGUUAGCCCUCUCUAACCCAGAGGGCAAAAUGGAAAGUGAGGAGUUGGUUGUGCAGACUGAGGAAGAUGUUCCUGGACCCGUUCCCUUGGAAUCCAUCCAGGGAGGACCUUUUGAAGAGAAGAUCUAUGUUCAGUGGAAGCCUCCAAAUGAGACAAAUGGCAUCAUUACACUCUAUGAGAUUACAUACAAGGCCGUUGGGUCUCUGGAUCCCAGUGCUGACCUGUCCAGCCAAAGAGGGAAAGUCUUCAAACUAAGGAAUGAAACACAUCACCUCUUUGUAGGAUUAUACCCAGGGACUACGUAUUCAUUCACCAUCAAAGCCAGCACAGUCAAGGGCUUUGGGCCACCCAUCACAACACGGAUUGCAACUAAGAUUUCAGCACCAUCAAUGCCAGAAUAUGACACGGACUCCCCCCUGAAUGAGACUGACACUACCAUCACUGUUAUGCUGAAGCCUGCUCAGUCCCGAGGAGCACCUGUCAGUGUCUAUCAACUUGUUGUCAAGGAGGAGAAGCUGCAGAAAGCACGGAGAGCUGCAGACAUCAUUGAAUGCUUCUCUGUACCAGUGAGCUACAAGAACGCUUCCAGUCUUGACUCACCACACUACUUUGCAGCUGAGCUGAAACCCAUCAACCUGCCUGUUACACAGCCAUUCACAGUGGGAGACAACAAAACCUACAACGGCUACUGGAAUGCUCCACUUUCUCCCUUGAAAAGCUACAGCAUAUACUUCCAGGCUCUUAGCAAGGCAAAUGGAGAAACAAAAAUCAACUGUGUCCGGCUGGCAACAAAAGGAGCUUCCACCCAGAAUUCCAAUGCAGUGGAACCAGAAAAACAAGUUGACAGUACGGUGAAAAUGGCUGGAGUUAUAGCUGGUCUUCUCAUGUUUGUUAUUAUCCUCUUGGGAGCAAUGCUUACCAUCAAGAGAAGAAGAAAUGCAUAUUCCUACUCCUAUUACUUGCAUUCAAGCCAAUGUUUUAGGGGCCUCUCUGUCUUCUACAGGACCAGGAAGCUAGCCAAGAAGCAGAAGGAGACUCAGACCAGCACGCAGAGGGAGAUGGGUCCCGUGGCUACUUCCGACAAGACCUCUACCAAACUCAGUGCUGUUCACAAUGAAGAAGCUUUUUCUUCCAGCUGCCAAGAUGUUAAUGGAUUCACAUCACCCUCUCCUUGUUCAUUUUCUGUCCAAAGCAAAACCCUUCAGAGCAAAUCUUUGUUGAAUUCCUACUACUCAGUAUCAUCAGACACUGUUCCAUCGACCACGCUGUUAGACAGUAGCCAUGGAGAGAUGACCCAGCCGACCCUGACUAUCCAGACCCACCCAUACCGGAGCUGUGAGCCGGUGGAAAUGUCCUACCCCCGGGGGCAGUUCCAGCCAGCCAUCCGAGUGGCCGACCUGCUGCAGCACAUCACCCAGAUGAAGCGAGGACAGGGCUAUGGAUUUAAAGAGGAGUAUGAGGCACUACCUGAGGGGCAGACAGCAUCCUGGGAUACAGCCAAGGAAGAUGAAAACCGCAAUAAGAACAGAUAUGGAAACAUAAUCUCCUAUGAUCAUUCAAGAGUGAGAUUGCAACUGCUGGAUGGAGACCCUCACUCCGACUACAUAAACGCCAAUUACAUAGACGGCUACCACCGGCCUCGCCAUUACAUUGCAACUCAAGGGCCAAUGCAAGAGACAGUGAAGGAUUUCUGGAGAAUGAUUUGGCAAGAAAACUCUGCAAGUGUUGUCAUGGUCACCAACUUGGUGGAAGUGGGCAGGGUAAAGUGUGUUCGAUACUGGCCAGAUGACACAGAGGUCUAUGGAGAUAUUAAAGUCACAUUAAUUGAGACAGAACCAUUGGCAGAGUAUGUCAUACGCACAUUUACUGUACAAAAGAAAGGCUACCAUGAGAUCCGAGAGAUUCGGCAGUUCCACUUCACCAGCUGGCCGGACCACGGGGUUCCUUGCUAUGCCACGGGUCUCCUGGGCUUCGUUCGUCAAGUGAAGUUUCUCAAUCCCCCAGAAGCAGGACCCAUUGUUGUGCACUGCAGCGCUGGGGCUGGGAGAACAGGGUGCUUUAUUGCCAUCGACAUCAUGCUUGACAUGGCAGAGAACGAAGGCGUGGUAGAUAUAUUUAACUGUGUGCGAGAGCUGCGAUCCCAAAGGGUCAAUCUGGUGCAGACAGAGGAGCAGUAUGUAUUUGUCCAUGAUGCCAUUUUGGAGGCAUGUCUCUGUGGCAACACGGCCAUUCCAGUUUGUGAGUUCAGAUCCAUAUAUUACAACAUCAGCAGACUAGAUCCACAGACCAAUUCCAGCCAGAUAAAAGAUGAGUUUCAGACUCUCAAUAUUGUGACACCGCGUGUUCGGCCAGAAGACUGCAGCAUCGGUCUUUUGCCAAGGAACCAUGACAAGAACCGCUGCAUGGAUGUGUUGCCCUUGGACCGGUGCCUGCCUUUCCUCAUCUCCGUGGAUGGUGAAUCAAGUAACUACAUCAAUGCUGCACUCAUGGAUAGCCACAAGCAACCUGCUGCCUUUAUUGUAACCCAACACCCUUUGCCCAACACCAUAGCAGACUUCUGGAGGCUGGUGUUUGAUUAUAACUGCUCCUCUGUCGUGAUGCUGAAUGAGAUGGAUGCAGCACAGCUCUGCAUGCAGUACUGGCCAGAGAAGACGUCCUGUUGUUAUGGCCCAAUUCAAGUAGAGUUUGUUUCAGCAGACAUUGAUGAAGAUAUCAUCAACCGGAUAUUCCGGAUCUGCAACAUGGCCAGGCCUCAGGACGGGUAUCGCAUAGUUCAGCACCUGCAGUACAUUGGCUGGCCGGCAUACAGGGACACCCCUCCUUCCAAACGCUCCCUCCUGAAGGUGGUCAGAAGGUUGGAGAAGUGGCAGGAACAGUAUGAUGGGAGAGACGGACGGACUGUUGUCCACUGCCUGAAUGGUGGGGGACGCAGCGGCACCUUCUGUGCCAUCUGCAGCGUGUGUGAAAUGAUUCAACAGCAAAAUAUCAUUGAUGUGUUCCACAUAGUGAAAACAUUACGAAAUAACAAAUCCAACAUGGUGGAGUCACUGGAACAGUAUAAAUUUGUAUAUGAGGUUGCACUGGAAUACUUGAGUUCCUUUUAGCCCAGCGGAGGGAGGGGAGGCUCUGAAAUGCCAGACCCCAAUCUCUGGCACAUGUUUCUCCCCUCUUCCACACUGGAAGGCAGUAACAAGUGUGGGAAGGAAAACCUCUCCUUCCUGGAGCAAGAGACUGAGAUUGCACAGACCUCGUUGGAAGGAGGAGACAAUGCCUGUGUUUGCUGCUGCCUGCUUUCUAUUGGAACAUCUACUGCUUCUUAAGUAACCUACUGUAAAAAUUAGCAAAAUGGGAGACAGGCUGAAAGACUGGACUUUCUAAUCCCCUCUGACUUCUUCUCUCCUCUUUUGGAUUGUAUUUUUGCUCUCCUUGCUGCAGAGUAGGGAAGGAAUGAAACCCUUAGGAAAUUCUCUUUUAAAUGUCUCCUUUUCAAUUUAUAAUUUUGUUCUCAAAUCCCAGUCUUUAAUUUUUUUUAAUUUCAUGCAGCAGUCAUUUGGGAAAAAUGAGAUAGCCAUAGGGGAUAUAUGAAAUGUUUCACUACAAUUUGUCUACCUUAUCUGUUUCCUUUUAUUUGUUUUUCCAAGUGAAAAGGCCAACACAGAAAAAAACCCCCACUGGAAUUCUCUUCCCAUACAUAGUCCCUUUUAGCAUGAAAAUAUAGUGGAGAUGAGAAGCUCUUAAUGGAUUCACUGCCUCGACUUCUACACAAAUGUUUCCUCCCAGUUUCUGCUAGACUCCCAAGGCUGUGCAUGAACCAGUUACAUCUCUCUGGUCUGUGUUCGUUUCAGUGCUGGUGAAGCAAUACCAUUAAUAAGUUUCCCAGCCACUUGAACCUUAAGGUUAAAUAUUUGCAUCAAACAAAUUGCAUUUGUCUUGCAACUUUUGGUAACUUUGUUACCAUAUUUUUCAAGUAUUUGCUGGGGUGCAGUGUGUCUUUGAAAAACAGGGUAUAAAGUAGGUAUUAUUGAUCAUAUACUAUGUAUUAUUAUUUUUUAUUUAUUAUUUAUAUUGCUGUAGAACUUAGGACCCCUAGUCAUGACAGGACCCUGCUGAACUAGGCACUGUGCAAACAGAGAACAGAGCUUAAAAACUGAAGGUAAUCUGAAAAUUGGGUUUGGUCAAGAUGUCCUCAGUAUUUCCAAACUGUUAUUGAGUGAUUUAUUCAGAUUUCCAGGCCCUACAAGUUUCAGGUUGCAUCCAAGCUGUAGGAAAGGUGAUGUACAUACACAGAAACCUAAUCUGACAUGGGUUAAGAAAAAUGUUAGACCAGCACAGCAGCUUUCCUUCUUAAGUAAAACAGCUUUUGUUUUGUUCUGCAAAAAUGCCUGUGCAACUCUCCUUCUUUGAAACAAACACCAGAUGUGUUUUGCCAUGGUUCUGGAUCUCACUCUGACUUCUUAGCAGCUAAGAAAUUGCUUUUCUGAAAGAGUAUGUUUAAGUAGUUAAUCAUUAAGGUCUGCAGGGUAAUGUUGGAGAAAAAAGUAAUUGAAUGAACAAGGCCUUACAAUAUUCAGUAUUUCAAUUUAGCCACUUAUUUAUCUUGAGGGUACGGGGAUACGAGGUUCCUCUGUGUGUAAAUUACAUUCUGGGAGAUGUAGGUUUCUUCAAAUACAGACUUGCUAAAAGAUAGACUGAAGGUAAGAGUUUAAGGAAACUCCACUUUCUUACCACUCUGUAGUUUUCCACCCUCAGGUAAAUACUCAGAGACUGUGCUGGGAGCUCUGUCAUCUCAAUGCCUGGUAUAGAGCAUGCCAGAAGCUCAAAAAAUGUUGCUAAUUCUGUAUGUAAAUUCAGAAGGCAUCUCUGCUUCAUGGUCAUUCUUUUUUCAAUAGUCAUACCUUUGCCUUGACAAUGAAGGAUGAAAAUUAAAUCAUAUAAAAGUAACUCUCAACUCAAACAUACCAGUAUCUAACCAAAAAGUUGUCAUGUCUACCAGGACCUGCAACAGUCUAAGGAAGGACACUUGGAAGAGCAAUAAUCCUCUUCCUGCUAAGCAGAGGAGGGGCUUCAUAGGAUGCUGAACUGCCUAGCUCAUACUCUUUCCGAGGAGCUUUGGAUUCUUGGCUUGUUCCAAGUGAAUAUUGUGAAGGUCUUAAAUGAGCUUGAACCACAUUGUCCCUGAUGUAGCCAGUGUGCUAUAAAGUAUUGGUGAGAACCCCCUCACAGGUGCCUGUGCUCUGUUUCUAGUUGGUCCUUUCUGUUGUCUGCAAGAAAUCAUGAAAUCACCUUUAGUUCCUGUUGGGGCUGUAGGUGAAUGUCUGGUGUCUCAUGAAACAAACUACCGGCUUUAAUUGUUUUUUUUUUUCCUUUUACCACUAAGCAACAUAAACAAUGCUGCAGGAAGAAUAGAAGGCAAAGCAAAACUAUGAGAUAAAAAUGAGAAGGAAGACAUAAUAUUAGUGUUUUGAUGACAGGUGGCUUGCUGUAACCGUGUAGGUCAGGAGUUGGGAGCCAUUAGCGAAGAAGAGGGAAGAGGGAAUCCUGAUCCCAGAAUGGGAUUUUUCAACAACUGCCCAGGCAGGAAGAAGCUACAAGUCAACAAAAUGUUCAUGACUUCGCUAACUCCAGAAAGCCAGAGGGAAUCACUCCCUGUGGAUGCUAUGGAAAUACUAAUUAGUAUUUAGCAUUCUGUUAAUUUUACAUGGAAACUAGCAUAGCGAUAGGUCCCCCUCAUGAGUUACUGAAAGACUAGUGCAAGCACUGAGGGUGACAGCCAGGAUAAAAGGAACAGAGAGGUAGAAGAAAUAACAAUAUGACUGAGAUGUGGAGUGUAGGAGGUAGUUCAAGGCUUAACAGUAGCAUGAAGGAAAGUGGAUUAAAAACCCAGAAGUAAGCCCAUAGGGAAGGAUGUGUGUAUGGAGAGGAGGUGUUGGAUGAGCAGAAUAGCACUUGCAGUGGAGAUGUUUAAGGUCUUGAGGUAGGUCUGAAUGUGGUUUACAGUAUGAAAAAUGCUCCUAAAGGGUCAGGUGCAUGUAUCAGCUGACCCACAGCAACUUGCCAUCUGUUUUUAGUCCUCUGCAAAUGCCAAGUGACAUUAGCAUAAACUGCAGGGAAAGAUAUUUAAGCUAAAUUUUACCUUUUAUUUGCAAGGAACAAGUUUAAUGCAAAUGUUGGUUACCACAGCCCAACUGUUAGUCACAGCUUAUUACGUGGCAACUCAAACACAUGUCUCAACCUUCUUCUAAUGUCCAGCCUACAAUCCAUGUGGAAAGAUGCUCAGCGAACGCUACAGAUGAUGUUGCCAAACUGUUAUGUUGUCCUGCGGUUAUGUUGUUUUCGAGGGACUGACCCAGCUCCAGUCCGUGUUGGCUCAGGGAUCUUUAUGCUGUUCCUUAGUUUCUUACUGCACAAUGUGUAUAUGCUGAAUGUGAACUAAUGGUGAAGGGAAUUGUGUGGAAGGAGAAGAGAAGCUCGCUUUAAAUAACCUUAUUACCUUAAGGUUGCUUAAACCCUAGAGAACAGCCUAUAGCAAAAGAGGUAAUGUAUUUGAAGCAAGAUUAUGGGUGAUGGCUUUGUUUUCACUGGGAAAGAGCAAUUAUGAGAUAAGAUAAAGGAGGCUUUCUCACUCCUGAAAGGAUUAAUAGUCAGAGUGAGCUUUCCAACCUAAGCAUCCCCUGCUGUGGAUGGAAAGCGAUAAUGUACAGUAGAAAAGGUGAAUUCCUCAAUGACUAAAUUUUAGGCUGAAAAAAUAUGAUAUUGACAAUAUUUCACUGGUCAUAAUGAAGAUAAACUUACUCCCAUUCAGACAUCCUUCAGGGGUGAGGAAGCACUGCUUAUUGAUAUCAUACUAUUGGUCUAAAGUUUAAUCUAAAAUAAAAGGAACUAGAAAUAGGUAAAGAAGGGUGGUUCAGGGAUGACUAUCUCAUACAGGGGGUAACUUCUUAAAUUAUUGAGAGAUGUAACUGAAGCAAUGAAUUCCAGAGCUAUCUAGGCUGGCUGCUGGAGAAGAAAGACCCUGAGUUGUCUGCAGGAAAGAGAUAGACCAAAACCCCUAAAAGGUACAGUAGGUAUUAACACUUCUCUCUUUUUAGUUUUGUGUGUGUGUGUUUGGUGGUGGUUUGUGGGUUUGUUUUUUUUAAUUAAGAUCCCUGCAGGAACUGUGUCCUAUGCUGGCUCUUUUUUUUUUUUCUUUUUUCCUUCUUCAAAUUACCUGUAAGGAAAAAGGCAUUUGACCUCCUCUAAAUAGACUUGAGGUACUUGUUUAUUAACAUAAAGAAAAGAAACCGUGCAAGGCUGUACAGUGUACAUGUGAAGGUAACUGAAUCAGGACCUCUGGUAGGAAGCAAGCAAAUGGGAAUUUGGUGAUUUUAUUUGUCUGCAGAUUGAAAUAAUUGGUAUUCUCUGAUGAAGGAGGUCUCUAGACCAUGGUUAGUAGGAGGCCUUUCAAUCUGUGAUUUAAAUUCUUCAGCAAGGUUGCACAGAAUUUUGUCUGCCUUUCCCAUGCUCUGGUGGGUCCCUCUUAAUACAUUUACAUUUUAGCCAUUUAUGUGAGCUAGAGUUGUCCAUUUUGGUCCACAGGCAACAAGCAGUUAGCAUUGAAAGGUUUUUGCAUGCACUGAAAAGAUGUAACUUUUGUUGCCUUUACCCGCAAGUCAAACUGCAGUUUCUGUAUCCCGUCUCUCCUGCUCAGCCCCUGCCCAUGUGUACACACAUUUGAAGAAUGUCCAGAUAACUCCUAAAAGGCAGAGAUUUGGGGAAAUGCCUGUGACCCCUAAUCAGUAUGGUCUGUGUAACUCCGUAGGGCAAAGGAGGGAGUCCCAAAGAAUAGCUUUUGCCUAGAGCAGCAGGUAUCUGUGUGUCAGUAGUUUCCAACUUUUUAUUCUGGAUCUGUAGACUCCCUGUAAAAAAAAGCCCAGUGGCAGUGUAGACCCCGCAGUAGUAGAUUUAAGCCUGCAGAUGGUAGACUUGUUUUUCCAUUUACUUUUCACAGGCCCUUUAGGAGUAGUCUGUGGGAUUUCCCCUGGGAAUCUCAAGCCAGGUGUCGCUGGUCACUGCUCUUGACGUGCUGUAGAGUCAGAGAAAGGUGAGAGGCUCCUGCAGCAGGUGAUUCAGAAGGCAGUUAAACCAACUGCCAUCUGGAAGAGAAGGAAAGGAGAAGAAAUCUCCUUUGGGAGAAACCAAACAUUGGAGGAGAAGGCAGAUUAAAUGGAGUCCUGAAACAGGUAGGAAACUUGCACCUUGUUCUGUCUCUCAUUCUUGCACACCUACUCAUAUCUUUCUUACUCUUCUGAGUUCAUGUCAACAUCAUAAAAAGCAGGUAAUGCCACAAUCCAUGUUGUGGAGCUCUGUGGAGAUGGAGCAGUCAGAGUGUAACAGAGGGAAUAAAUCCUGAGGGACAAAGAUAAAAGGAGGUUUGCUUGAGAGAAGAAUCUUCAAAUACGAGGUGCCUCUAUCUGUCACACUUGCAGAGUUCUUAACAAGUCAUCACAGAACAGCACACAGUCCUGACGCAGUCCUGGACGUGCAAUGCAGUAGAAAUGUUCCACUUGGAAGACUUCAUUGUCCUGUAAUAAAUUUAAACAAUCGACUCCAUUACAUUGGUAGCACAGUUAACUUUUAUAAUAUCUCCAGCCAGUGCAAGGAGCAUCUCAAGAACUUGCUGUCAGCCUGCUGUAUUUUUAUUUGAGAUUCUUACAUUUGUCUUAAGUGUACAAACUUCAGUCAACCCCAGUUUGUUAGAACAAUAAAGGGGGCCAUGUGGCAGAAGUUAUUCAGCAUAACCACUGCCUUUGGGUCAAAAAUUCAGUAUACCUCUUAGGAGACUGUGAAAUGGCAAAACAGGCUACUGCAUCUUCCCUGCAAAAACCUUUACAGGAGUAGAAACAGGGGAGCCAGCUAAUUAAAGACAGGGAGACAGAAGUGAGUAAUAAGGAUUCUGUUAACCCUCCUGCAUUUGUAUUUAUUUAGAUUGCAGUCUUCUAUAGCCAUACAUACAUAAUACACAAUUUAAAUGCAAGUGCUCUUUCUUUCCCUGUUCCCAAAAAUACCUACAGCUCUUCUUUUCAUUGAGGGUGAGCCAACAGCAUAGCAAGCAAAGCCCACUUUCUGCAGUUUUGGCAAGGAUCACUAGGAAAAUCCAUCAUGUAUUAUCUGUUCAUUGACUUGGAAAAGGUAUCAAUCAUCUUCCUCAUAUACAUACUUGAAGAAUGUACAAUUUGCUGUAACUGUCAAGCAAAAUCAUACAUUUUCAUACAUCAAGACCAAAUCCUGGUGGUACUGAGCGUGAUGGAAAGAAAAAAGAAAAAAAACUUGCUGACUUCCAGUGACCUCUCGUCUAUAAUCUUUAUUUGCUGUGUUAAAAUAUUUUAAAAGCCUCCCUUGUAAAAAAAUAAACUAUACUUAGAAUAUACUACAGUUUCAUGUUGGACUAGCACAAUUGUGAAAACCUGGCAGCUUUUUCAGUUUGUAAAAACAUGAGAGAUCUAAAUUAGCCUUUCCAUCCUCAUCCCAGUGCAUGCAGAUUUUUCAACCUGAGCCUUAAAAAAUAAAAUAAUGCAGCAGACUGAAUGACAGAUGCUGAUGUUCCCAUAGUGUUUCCUGGUGGGGGAAAAAAAAAGAAUGAAAUGGGAAAAGAAUUAACUAAAAUGUUUUUCUUGCAACUCAAUGCAGCAUGAGCUGUUUCUAAGCAGUAUAAACAUGAGCCAGGCCACACCACUUUGUCUGAAGCAUGGAUUUGAAGAUGUAACCUUUGAGACCAGUCCUGAUCUUCUGUACAUAGGUUUCCACCAGCAUAGUGGUUACUUUAUUGGAGGUGCCUGUCGCAGAAUGACAGUGCUUCAGUAGAGGUAUUUGUCAUUGGGAGAUCUCAUACCCUGAAACGCUACUAUUUGGGGGACUUCGUGAGAUACCUCAAGCGUGUUGCACUAUGGAGAUUUAUUUCCUUGUGUGUACCUGGAACAGAACUGGCAUUACCCCCUCAUUGCCCCUAUAGCCCUUUCUUGCAUCUCCAGCACUUAAACGCUGUACUUCUAUGCCAAAAGUUCGAGCUGUAUCCUUAACACAGCCUUUAACCCAUACUGACUCACCACAUUGACAAAAUUCACUCCCAUAUUGAUUUAAUCUCCUUCACCUCCUUCCCAGCCCCCCGUGCCAAUCCCGUUGAAAUUAAAAUGUACUAGCAUCACUUGUUGCCAGACUUGUCACUACUUCACACAGCAAUGCUGUGGCUGCAUCUGGAUCAGCAGUAUCCUAUUCCAGCUCCCUGGAUGCAUUUUGCCAGCAGGGAGGAAUGUUGCAUGACAGCUAGUCUCUGCUGUUGCGACACCGCCCCCAUCUUCCCCCCGCCUUUGGCCUUUAUGGAUUACUGGUGAAACUCACUUGUACAGUUUGGAUGUUUGAUAGAUAAAGCACGUAUGAAAAAAAAAGGAAAAAAAUAUAAAUACAAAAAUCUCAACACUGUGCAUUCAGUGUCUUUUCUUUCUAGCUUAAAAGAAGGAAGGUAAAUAAUGUCAAGUCAAUGAAUAUCAGAUAUAUUUUUUGACUGUACAUUACAGUGAAGUGUAAUCUUUUUUUUACAACUGCGAGUCCAUCUUAUUUAUUCUUGUAAAUGUUCCCAGACAAUGUUUGUAAUAUGGGCUGUGUUGCAAAUCCAUAAAAUAAAUCUGUGAUCUGAGAUUAAUGUUUUACUAAGA